GAGAGAGAGAGAGAGAGAUAGAGGAAAGUUUGAAGUUGGCUGUUUGCAGUGGGGUGAACGAAUAUAGUUUUUUUUCCAGGAGAAAAUGAAUAUAAGGAAUUGCUUGUUAUUUCUUUCUCCAUCAGAAGGAUAUCAUAUAACCAGAUAAGAAAGAGAAGGAAAAAUAAAGAGAGGGAAAUAAAGUUUAAACGUUUUGAUGGAUUUGGAUUUGUUUCCCUUAGGUCAAACUGCACCUAUUUCUUAACAGAAGUUGACUUCGAACCGGAUAACAGUUAUCGGGACAAACCAGUUCCAGUCUCUACCGUGUGCGCGCAUGAUAUCAUUACCCCAUCAACCGGGUCACUGCGCGCUCCCAGACAUGGACGCAGGUACUCCCAGCAGCGGAUAAGCACACGCGCUGUACCCGCGCAGUCUCGAGCCCCCUAAGCACGGGUGUGUGUGAGCCCCGUGGAGCUAAACGGUGGAGCCGGGACGUGAGGUAUCGGAGCCAACCGCACUGGACAGUUCCCGGUUUACCGAGAAAGACUUUGAGCAACGAGAUGGACCGAAUAUGGAGCUCAACGCCCGGGGCAUCGCCUCUCCUCCUCCUUCUCCUCUCCCUCCUCUCCAUCACUGUUUUUCACGAGGCGACAGCGGCACAGGCAGCCAAUCCGGUGGACGUGCUGAGGAUCCUGGACCUAUCAGAGGACAUGGAGGGUGUGUCUCUGGAGGCGGGGCUCUGCACCAGUAGAGAGGGAAGAGAAGAGACAGACAUCUCCUUCAAGAUCAACAAGAAGAUCCAACUCAGUGUCCCUACAAAACAGCUGUUCCCAGAAGGGGGGUUCCCAGUGGACUUCUCUGUCCUGGCUACGGUACGUGCCCGGCGGGGUGCCCAGGUUUUCUUGUUGUCCCUGUACGACCCUCAGGGUACCCAGCAGCUGGGGUUAGAGGUCGGGAGGUCCCCUGUCUUCCUGUAUGAAGACCAGCAAGGCCUGCCUCCUCCUGAACUAUACCCGACCUUCAGGAAGAUCAACCUGGCUGACGGCAAAUGGCACAGGGUAGCGUACAGUGUGGAGGGUCAGUCAGUGACUCUGUAUCUGGACUGUGAGAAGGUGGAGAGUCUGGAGCUCCAGAGAGGUCUGAACCCAGAGGUCAGCACUGAAGGGGUCACUGUGUUCGGGACACGGCUACUGGAUGACCAGGUCUUUGAGGGAGAAAUCCAACAAUUGUUGAUCGUAGCCGACCCCAGAGCUGCAGAGACCUACUGUCAAGACUACAUUCCCGACUGCCACGCCCCUUUACCCUACGACAGCCUAUCACAAGAGACUGAGGAGGAGACAAAGCCCAGGAGAGUGAAGGUGGAGGAGUUUGAUGAGUUUGACUACAGUGACCUUUACGAUGACCUCUCUGUCUCCACGGUUACCGUGAGACCUAACAUCACAGAAUAUGAGAUUGUAGAGUACGAAGACUACGACAACGAAACAGAUGAGUACGAGGUCAGAGAGUAUGAAUACGAGGAGGAAUUUGAAGAUCGAUACGGAUUGGCCGAGAGGGAGAGGGCGGAGUCCUGGAACGGACAGGAAAGAAUAGAGAAAGGAGAGAAAGGAGAACCAUCCUACUUUGGAGCAAGCACCUUAAUCACAGGCCCCGGGGGUCUUCCAGGACCAGAGGGAGAACAAGGACCCCAGGGGCCCACAGGACUGGUAGGACCUCAAGGAGACCUAGGAGAACUGGGUCCUCCAGGCCGGCCGGGUCUCAACGGGGCUGAUGGGAUACCAGGUCCUCCAGGGAACAUCCUCGUUGUUCAGUUCCAGGCAGGUGGAGUCCAACUAACAGGACCAGUGAUAUCAGCCCAGGAGGCUCAAGCCCAGGCCAUCCUACAACAGACCAAGUUGUCUAUGAAGGGACCACCUGGACCACUAGGCCUUAUGGGACGUCCUGGACCGCUGGGUAACCCGGGUCCGUCGGGGCUGAAGGGAGUAGCCGGGGAGAUGGGACCAGCGGGUUCUAGAGGUAUUAUGGGCCAAGCAGGGAUGAAUGGAAAGUCAGGGAAGAGGGGUCGAGCUGGGACGGAUGGGAACAGAGGUGCUCCGGGUGAGACCGGUGGGAAGGGUGACAGGGGUUUUGAUGGCUUGCCAGGUCUUCCAGGACACAAGGGACACAGGGGGGAGAUAGGAAAACCAGGCCCCCACGGUACUCUUGGGCUGUCAGGAGAGAGGGGUUCUGAAGGACAACCAGGACCAAGAGGACAGCCAGGUGAUGCUGGUUCCAGAGGGUUGAACGGACCCAGAGGUCACACUGGCCCUACAGGUCAGCCUGGAAUCCGAGGAGUGGAUGGAAUCCAAGGUUCUAAGGGAAACUUGGGACCUCCGGGGGAGAUGGGAGCAUCCGGGCAGCAAGGAAACCCUGGGUUGCAGGGGUUUCCUGGUUCUCAGGGCCUGGUAGGCUUGCCAGGACUUAAGGGGCCCCAAGGGAAGAAAGGGUUGCAGGGACUACCUGGGAAUGAUGGACCUACCGGUCACCCAGGGAGAGAGGGGACUCCAGGAGAGAAGGGACUACCGGGCCCACCAGGAGUCCAGGGGCCUAUAGGAUAUCCAGGAUCAAGAGGAGUGAAGGGAGCGGACGGAAUUAGAGGAAUGAAGGGAAGCAAAGGGGAGAAGGGUGAGGAUGGGUUCCCCGGCUCUAAGGGAGAGAUGGGGCUGAAAGGUGACGGGGGUGACAACGGGGUCCCAGGGUCCAGGGGAGAGGAUGGUCCUGAAGGACCUAAAGGACAGGCUGGACCCCUGGGGGAGGCUGGAGCCGUGGGCAUCGCUGGAGAAAAGGGUAAACUGGGAGUUCCAGGGUUACCGGGGUAUCCUGGACAAAAAGGGCCGAAGGGUUCGGAUGGUUUUCCUGGAUCUAUUGGAGUUUUGGGAGAGAAGGGGAAGAGGGGUCCCGGGGGGGAAGCAGGCAGUGCAGGACAGAGGGGUCCUAACGGGGUGCGUGGGGGCCGGGGUGCCAAGGGACCAACGGGGAAGACAGGGGGAAAGGGCUCCUCUGGACAUGAUGGACCCAAUGGACCAACUGGAGACAGGGGGCCUCAAGGGCCACAAGGACGGAACGGGGAAUCAGGACCCAAGGGACCGAACGGUCCAGCGGGGAAAGAUGGACUUCCGGGUCAUCCAGGUCAGAGAGGAGAGCCGGGUUUCCAAGGAAAGACGGGACCCCCAGGUCCAGGAGGUGUUGUGGGGCCACAGGGUAAAUCAGGUGAGACCGGGUCGUUGGGAGACAGAGGUCACCCCGGGUCACCUGGCGUACCGGGAGAGCAGGGCUUACCUGGCGCCGCCGGGAAGGAGGGAGCUAAGGGCGACCCGGGCACAGGAGGGACUUCUGGGAAAGCUGGUCCUCCAGGACUUAGGGGCUUCAGAGGCAGCAGAGGAGCCGCCGGGGGCAUGGGUCCUGCUGGUCUGAAAGGAGGUGAAGGACCAGUCGGAGCAGCAGGAGCUAUAGGGGCCGGUGGUGAGAGGGGUCCCCCAGGGUCAGCCGGUGCCAUUGGUCAGCCUGGGAGGGCAGGGGCUGUGGGUGGACCUGGACCAAUGGGAGAGAAGGGGGAACCGGGAGGGGCGGGUCCUAUUGGACCAUCAGGACAGGAUGGAGACCAGGGACCUCUAGGACUACCUGGAGCUGCAGGCCCUGCAGGACCCCCAGGAGAGGAUGGGGAUAAGGGAGAGACUGGAGGACCAGGGCAGAAGGGCAGCAAAGGAGACAAAGGAGAAUCAGGCCCCUCAGGACCAACCGGUGGCCAGGGGCCGAUGGGGCAGUCAGGAGUUCCUGGUGUGGAUGGGGAGUCAGGUCCCAGGGGCCAGCAGGGAAUGUACGGGGCCAAGGGUGACGAGGGUCUCCGGGGUUUCAAGGGCUCUAAAGGACCCAUCGGACUACAGGGGAUGCCUGGUCUACCAGGGGAGAAGGGCGAGAGCGGACACAUCGGCUUGAUGGGUCGUCCAGGUCAGUUUGGUCCCAGAGGGCCACAAGGGCCUAGUGGGGGACAGGGUGCUCUGGGCAGACCAGGUGGGGCUGGACAGCCAGGGGUAAAUGGAGAGAAGGGGGAGGAUGGAGAAUCGGGAGACCCAGGACCUGUUGGUGUAUCAGGAGGCAACGGGGAUAUAGGUGACCAGGGGGAGAAGGGGGACUCAGGUCUCUCUGGAGCAGCAGGGCCCCCAGGAGCCAGAGGCCCCCCAGGAGAGGAUGGGUCCAAGGGAACCUCUGGUCCGAUUGGUUUCCCAGGAGACUCAGGACAGCCAGGGGAGGCAGGACCCAACGGGGAGGAUGGAGGUCCUGGAUCCAAGGGAGAUGGUGGAGAUCCAGGGAAAUCAGGUCCACCAGGAGCAUCAGGGGAACCCGGGCCCUCAGGACCACCGGGACGCAGGGGUCACCUGGGUAAAGAAGGGAAGCAGGGGAAAGCGGGGAUGAAAGGAGGGAAGGGCUCUCCAGGGUUGGAGGGUCUCCUGGGGAAGACAGGACCGGUGGGAGCCCAGGGACAUUCUGGUAAACCAGGUCCAAGUGGUCUCAGAGGGAUCCCUGGCCCAGCGGGGGAACAAGGUUUAAAUGGACCACCAGGCGUAACAGGACCACCAGGACCCAUGGGUCCUCCAGGACUACCGGGGUUGAAGGGAGAUGAAGGCAGGAAGGGAGACAAGGGUCAUGGAGGUCUGAUUGGGCUGAUAGGCCCUCCAGGAGAGUUUGGAGAGAAGGGAGACAGAGGAUUUCCAGGGAACCAGGGUCUACUGGGGCCCAAAGGAGACGAGGGUCUGGUUGGUCUAGCAGGUCCUAAUGGUCCUCCAGGUCUACCUGGUCUCUCUGGUAGAGUAGGACAGAAGGGUUCUAAAGGGAAUCAGGGUCCCAUUGGUGCUAUCGGAGAUACAGGUCCUGCUGGCCCUCCUGGACCUCCUGGUCUCCCUGCGGUGGGUCUUCAGUCUCUCCCGGUGCAGGAGAGAGGAAGGAGGAGGAGGCAGCACUCUUCCUUUGACGGGGCCGCUCUGGAAGACGAGGAAGAGCAAGAGGGGAUGGAGGGAAGGGAGGAGGGAGAGGAGGAGAGGAUGCAGGCAGACCAGGCAGGGCAGGAGGAGGAGAAAGAGAUGGAGGAGGUGUUUGCUUCUCUCUCUUCCAUGAGGACGGAGGUAGAGGGUCUGAGGACCCCCCUGGGGACCUACCAGUAUCCAGCCCGAACCUGCAAGGAGCUACAGCUGUUGUUCCCAAAGUACACUGAUGGUGAGUACUGGAUAGACCCUAACCAGGGUUGCCAUAGAGACUCCUUCAAGGUGUUCUGUAACUUCACGGCCGAUGGAGAGACAUGUCUGUACCCUGACAUGAAGUUCCAGUCGGUGAAGCUGAGUUCCUGGAAAGGAGAGAAACCUGGUACCUGGUACAGCCAGUUCAGGAAAGGAAAGCAGUUCUCCUAUUCCGGUUCAGAUGGCAGUCCGGUCCAUGUAGUCCAGUUGGUGUUUCUUAAGCUGUUGAGUGCUUCAUCCAGACAGACGUUCACCUACCACUGUCAGAACUCAGCCGCCUGGCUCCAUACCGCCACCUUCAGCCACCAGCACGCGCUGCGCUUCAGAGGGAGCAGUGGAGAGGAGCUCACGCACCAGAACACACACUACAUCACAGCACUGCACGACGGCUGCCAGUCUGCUUCAGGUCAGGAGAGGACGGUGUUAGAGUUUGAUGCCCCUCAGUCAGACUCUCUCCCCCUCAUCGACGUCUCUGUCUCCGACUUCGGACACAACAACCAGAAGUUUGGCUUCCAACUAGGUCCCGUCUGCUUCAACGGUUAACGGCAGCCCUCCACAGCCAGUAACCGGGAUGAGACGGCCGGUAACAGCGCUAACAUGCCCGGUAACAGGGUUGAGAUCCACGGACAUUUACACAGGGAAACCAGGAGACUGACUGAUGCCGCCAGAGAGAUAUUUAUAUAGCUUUACCCCAGCACUCAUCCAUUCAUACUAACAGACACUCAUCCAUUCAUUCAUUCAUACUAACAGACACUCAUCCAUUCAUUCAUACUUACAGACACUCACAUCCAUUCAUACUAACAGACACUCAUCCAUUCAUUCAUACUUACAGACACUCACAUCCAUUCAUACUAACAGGCACUCAUCCAUUCAUUCAUACUUACAGACACUCACCCAUUCAUCCAUUCCUACUUACAGACAUUCAUCCAUUCAUACUAACAGACACUCAUCCAUUCAUACUAACAGACACUCUCAUCUAUUCAUUCAUACUUACAGACACUCAUCCAUUCAUUCACCCAUUCAUCUUUUCAUAAUUACAGACACUCAUCCAUUCAUUCAACCAUUCAUCCAUUCAUUCUAACAGACACUCAUUCAUCCAUUCCAGCAGACACUCAUUCACUCAUCCAUUCAUACUACACACACUCAUUCAUGAAUUCAUCCAUUCAUUGAUUCCUCUGUUAAUACUUACAGACACUCAUCCAUUCAUUCAACCUUUCAUCCAUUCAUUCUUACAGACACUCAUUAAUUAAUUAAUCCAUUGAUCGAUUCAUCCAUUCAUACUUAGACACACAUCCAUUCAUACUUAGACACUCAUUCAUUCAUACUUACAGACAUUCAUCCAUUGAUACUUACAAACACUCAUUCAUUCAUCCAUUCAUACUUACAGACACUCAUGCAUCCAUUCAUCCAUACCUUCAUGCAUUCAUUCAUUCAUCUA